AUGAAGGGGCAGCUGAGGGAGAGAGUUCGGGGGAUCAUGCUGGACUGUAAGAUCCUGUUAGAUGUGGCCGUGAAGGCACCACCACGAGCUAUCGGUUCGGAGCCGAUGGAUGAGGUGGACACUCUAGACUCUGUUGGGGAUUGGGGCCCUAGGAGAGGUGGACCUAACCCUGACUUAGCAGAGGGUUGGCUGGACCGCAUGUUGGAUAUAUUUGCCGCGCUUGGGUAUUCAGAGGAGUGGCAGAUAUCUUUUUCUGUUUUUCAAUUUGAGGGGACUGCCCGAGCUUGGUGGAAUGUGAUUAAGGCCAAGUGGGAGCGGGAACAGACCCCUUGGACGUGGGUCAACUUUACACGGGAAUUUAAUGAGAAAUAUUUGUCACCUAUUGUACAAGAGAGGCGGGAGGAUGACUUUAUCCGCAUGCGCCAAGGGGCAUCCAGUGUGGCGGAGUACGAAACUCAGUUUACGAAACUCUCUCGCUUCGCUCCGGAUCUGGUGCAAACGGAGCAAAAGCGAAUCCGUCAUUUCGUUCAGGGCUUAAAUGUGGAUAUCCAGGAGGUAUUUGCAGCUGCUCAGUUGGAUAUAUUUAGCCAGGCACUAGAAAAAAUACAGAGAAUUGAGACAGUUAUGGGACAAGUGAAAGCCUUCCAUGACCGAAAAGGAGGCAACCUAGCACGAGAAACUUCGCUGCCGGACAGAGCUCGCGAAAUGAGCCACCCUCUAAGAUGGGUCGAGGGACGGGUGGUCCAUAACCCGCAGAAAUCCCAAAUCGGGAAUGAGGGACCUAAGCCACCGACAGAAUGGACCACAAUUAAGCCUACAAACGCAGGGGGAAAUCGGCCCAAAGUACCGGCCAGAGUAUUUGCAAUGGGUCAACAAGAGGUGACUGACCCUUCGACAGUCAUCGAUGAUGUUAGAGGAAAGUUAAUUUUCUCUACUCUUAUUUCUGGGAUUCGGGCUCGAAAAUUACUAUACAAUGGUGCACGAGGUUAUUUGGCGAUGUUAAUGAAUGCUCCGGUAGAUCAGCUGAAGAUAGAAAAUGUACCGGUGGUAUGUGAAUUUCCUGAGAUAUUUUUCGAAAAAUUGACAUUACUACCCCCAGAGAGGGAAGUAGAAUUUAAGAUUGAUUUGCAUCCUGGAGCAGAGCCAAUAUCAAAAACUCCUUAUCGUAUGGCUCCUGCAGAAGUUAAGGAGUUGAAAACACAGUUACAAGAAUUGCUGGAUUGA